AUGGCUACCACCACUCCCAAGAUAACCAACGGCCUAGCUCUCGGUAUCGGAAGUACUGUCAAUUCCCACCGAGCAGCAUCUAUGGCCACUUCUUCUCUCUCCUACGCCCUUCCCACUUUCCUACUCAAAGGCUGGUUGUCUCGGCGGCGGGCGGUUCGUUUUGACUCACUUGUUGGCGGUCGAUUAACUCGCCACCGUGUCAAUUCUUCGGUGGUUCGAGUUAGAGCCACGGCUGCUUCCGAGGAGCAGCCUAGCUCUUCAGCUCCAGCUGUUGAGAACUUGGUAAUCAUAGGCUCAGGUCCUGCUGGAUACACAGCAGCAAUUUAUGCAGCUCGAGCCAACUUGAAGCCUGUAGUAUUUGAGGGAUAUCAAGUAGGAGGUGUUCCGGGUGGACAAUUGAUGACUACCACUGAAGUGGAGAACUUUCCAGGGUUCCCAGAUGGAAUCACUGGUCCAGACUUGAUGGAUCGGAUGAGACGGCAAGCUGAUCGAUGGGGAGCAGAAUUAUUUCAAGAAGAUGUGGAAUUAAUUGAUGUGAAGGACAGUCCUUUUACUGUGCAGAGUAGUGAACGUAAGGUGAUGUUUCCUUUUAGUGACAUGUUCUUGAAUUAG